UCCGAGCGCGCGGAACAGAGGCGCGGGCGGCUGCGAGGCCCGCGGACGCACCGGCCGGAGGGAGCGCGCUGCCGGCCCACUUGGCCUGGCUCCCGGAGCCCGGGCGGCGAGCGAGGGGAGAAGCAGGGCGGGCGCGGGAGGAGCGUUGCCGCGGUGGGGGAAGCCGGGCACCGGGAGAGCGCCAGGGCGGCACGGCGCAGCGGGGACGAUGACCACGGGCUCGGUGCUGCCGCUGCUUCUACUCGGGCUCUCGGGCGCGCUCCGGGCCCACCAUGAGGAUCUUACAGUCAGGGAGGCUUGCAAGGCGGGCUUCUCCGAAGAAGACUACACUGCGUUGAUCUCCCCGAAUGUCCUGGAAGGAGAGAAACUACUCAGAGUCAAGUUCAGCAGCUGCUUGGGUACCAAAGGGACGCAGUAUGAGACCAACAGCUUGGACUUCAAAGUCGGGGCGGAUGGGACUGUCUUCGCCACCCGGGAGCUGAAGAUCCCCUCAGAGCAGGUGGCCUUCACUGUGACGGCGCGGGAACGCCAGACUGCUGAGCAGUGGGACGCCAUGGUGCGGCUGCUGGUAGCCCAGACUUCAUCCCCACACUCUGGACACAAGAAAGGAAAGACAGCAGCCCUGGACCCCUCUCAGUCCCCAAAGGACACACUGCUGCCGUGGCCCCAGCACCAGAGCUCCGGAGGGCUGAGGAGGCAGAAGCGUGACUGGGUCAUCCCGCCCAUCAACGUGCCAGAGAACUCCCGCGGGCCCUUCCCCCAGCAGCUCGUCAGGAUCAGAUCUGACAAGGACAAUGACAUUCCCAUCCGGUACAGCAUCACGGGUGUGGGAGCCGACCAGCCCCCUAUGGAGGUCUUCAGCAUUGACUCCAUGUCUGGCCGCAUGUAUGUCACCCGGCCCAUGGACCGAGAGGAAAGAGCCUCUUACCAUCUCCGAGCCCACGCGGUGGACAUGAACGGCAACAAGGUGGAGAAUCCUAUUGAUCUGUAUAUCUAUGUCAUCGACAUGAACGACAACCGUCCCGACUUCAUCAACCAGGUCUACAACGGCUCUGUGGAUGAGGGCUCCAAGCCAGGUACAUACGUGAUGACCGUGACAGCCAACGAUGCCGAUGACAGCACUACGGCCAACGGCAUGGUGCGGUACCGGAUUGUCACCCAGACACCCCAGAGCCCCUCCCAGAACAUGUUCACCAUCAACAGUGAAACCGGGGACAUUGUGACAGUGGCAGCAGGCCUGGACCGGGAGAAAGUCCAGCAGUACACGGUCAUCGUCCAGGCCACUGACAUGGAAGGAAACCUUAACUACGGUCUCUCGAACACAGCCACUGCCAUCAUCACAGUGACAGACGUAAAUGACAACCCUCCGGAAUUCACCACGAGCACAUUUGCAGGAGAGGUCCCCGAGAACCGUGUGGAAACAGUAGUAGCCAAUCUCACAGUACUGGACCGAGAUCAGCCUCACUCACCCAACUGGAAUGCAGUCUACCGAAUCAUCAGUGGGGACCCCUCGGGGCACUUCAGUGUCCGCACAGACCCUGUCACCAAUGAGGGCAUGGUCACCGUGGUGAAGGCAGUGGACUACGAGCUGAAUCGCGCCUUCAUGCUGACCGUAAUGGUGUCCAACCAGGCGCCCCUGGCCAGUGGGAUCCAGAUGUCUUUCCAGUCCACAGCAGGGGUGACCAUCUCUGUCACUGAUGUCAAUGAGGCCCCCUACUUUCCCUCCAACCACAAGCUGAUCCGCCUGGAAGAGGGUGUGCCCACCGGCACUGCGCUCACCACUUUUUCCGCGGUGGACCCUGACCGGUUCAUGCAGCAAGCUGUGAGGUACUCAAAGCUGUCCGAUCCUGCCAACUGGCUGCACAUCAACACAUCCAAUGGGCAGAUCACCACGGCCGCGGUCCUGGACCGAGAGUCACUCUACACCAAGAACAAUGUCUACGAGGCCACCUUCCUGGCUGCUGACAAUGGGAUCCCCCCAGCCAGUGGCACUGGGACCCUGCAGAUCUACCUCAUUGACAUCAACGACAAUGCACCACAGCUGCUGCCCAAGGAGGCACAGAUCUGCGAGAGGCCAGGCCUCAACGCCAUCAACAUCACUGCGGCCGAUGCCGACAUGGACCCCAACAUCGGCCCCUACGUCUUUGAGCUGCCCUUCAUCCCCACCACAGUGAGGAAGAACUGGACCAUCACCCGCCUAAACGGUGACUACGCCCAGCUCAGUUUGCGCAUUCUGUACCUGGAGGCAGGGGUCUACGACGUCCCCAUCAUUGUCACGGACUCUGGAAACCCUCCCCUGUCCAACACGUCCAUCAUAAAAGUCAAGGUGUGCCCAUGUGAUGAGAAUGGUGACUGCACCACCAUCGGUGCCGUGGCUGCAGCCGGCCUGGGCACGGGCGCCAUCGUGGCUAUCCUCAUCUGCAUCGUGAUCCUGCUAACCAUGGUCCUGUUGUUCGUUGUGUGGAUGAAGCGGAGGGAAAAGGAACGACACACAAAGCAGCUGCUCAUCGACCCUGAGGACGAUGUGCGUGACAACAUCCUAAAGUACGACGAGGAAGGAGGCGGCGAGGAGGACCAGGACUAUGACCUCAGCCAGCUACAACAACCGGAAGCCAUGGAACAUGUGCUGAGCAAGGCCCCUGGUGUGCGGCGGGUGGACGAGCGGCCAGUAGGUGCCGAGCCCCAGUACCCAGUCAGGCCUGUGGUGCCCCACCCAGGCGACAUCGGAGACUUCAUCAAUGAGGGACUUCGAGCUGCUGACAAUGACCCCACGGCACCCCCCUAUGACUCUCUGCUAGUCUUCGACUAUGAGGGCAGUGGUUCUACCGCAGGCUCCGUCAGUUCCCUGAACUCCUCCAGCUCCGGGGAUCAAGAUUAUGACUACUUGAAUGACUGGGGGCCCCGGUUCAAGAAGCUGGCGGACAUGUAUGGGGGUGGCGAGGAGGACUAGCCAACCUCACCCCUCCCGCCAACAUGAGGACACUCGAGGCCAAGCAGCGGGACUGAGCCAAGGCACUGGAUUUGUCCUGGUGUCAAGAGGCCCCUCCCCACUGCCAUCCCCCAAGUGGAACUGUGCAGUACGAACAUAGGCCACCAGGCGCCCACCACCACUGCGGCAUCUCAGUAGCCACGUACCGCAAAGGGAGAGCCAGAGGCACAGCCCUAACUUGAAUUUCUUACAACAAAAGCACUGUUAAAAUAAAAAAAAAAACAAAAGUGCCUUUUGGUACACAUGACAGAUUCCCUAACUCAGGAGUGACUGAAAGAGGAGACAGCCCAAGGCCCCAACUCUGCCCACCCUGCCCACAGCCCUGACCCCAUCUGGUCUCCUCUGGAGGCAACACACAAGGAGUGGGAGAGAAUAUGUCUUUUUUAAAAAAGUCUUUUAUUAAGAAAAAGGGGGGGGGAUGGCUUAUUUGCAAAAAUAGUAUGGGGUCUAGAUGGCCACAGCUUUUGUCAUGCCCGGUCAGUGUCUCCUGGGCCCUUUGGGCUCUCCAAGGCUGCUAAGUGAGGACCAGAUUUUCCGGUGCCAAGAAGCACUGGGCUAGCCCAACCCCAUCAGCAGAGACUUCUGUGUGGACUUGGCUUUCACCUGAACUCAUGUCCUGCCCACCGAGAUACUGUAAAUAGCAGGGGUGGGUGCGAUGCCGAGGGGCCACCCCAGUUGGUCCUCGCCCCUGCAUUUGGCCACUGCCCUGUCCACCAGAAAGCUACUCUGGACCAGCUGUCACCCCCAGUACCACCAAACGGCUUUGGUCCAGGACAGCGUGUUGUCCAGAAGCCACAGCAUCCUGCCAAACCCUGGCAAUACCCUUCACAAGGGAUCCCGGUGAAGGCACAGCAAUCACAACGCCCCUCAACGGGAACCCCCAAAUGCUCUCAACACACUCCCCAGGCUGUGCAGACAACAGAGAGUAGAGCCUGUCAGAUGGUGGCAGCUGCUGGGCCUCCUUGGGCCCAUUUAGCCCAAGCUCCUGCCUGGUGCCAAGAACUGCUAUAGAUGUCAGGACCUAUUCUAAGUGGCCGGUGAGAGGUUCUCUUACUGUGCCCAUGUGACCACAGAUGCUCUGGCUUGGACCCACAUUUCCAUUGUUCUCUGGAUCUGGCAUUGCACUUUCCGUGGGUAGCUUGACGCAGGGCAGGCUGGGCAGGGUGACCAUGUCUGUAGAACAGAGAAUAGGCUACAGACAAGGACUGUGAGACAUGGCAAAGCUGCCUUUUUCACCAGAGGGGAAAACAGGCCUAGGACAUUCACAUGUCUGGGCCCAAAGGAGCCCUGGGAUGGGGCAGAAAGGCCGCACUGGAGGGGCACCCUAUGCGGUCAGCUUCUUGGCUCCCCAAGAAAGAAGCUGAGAGCACUGGUAGCUUGGUGUCUGGAUCUCCUUUGGGAGACAACAGAAGUCCCAGCAUUGAUGAAAAAUAAGUUCCUCCCGGAUCCCCAGCCUAUACCUACUACUAGGGGCCAGGAUGACUUUGAAAGGGCUGCGGGUACCCAGGAGAUAGCAUGCACCCAGCUAAGUCAUGGUUCCUCAUGGCCUCUGGCUUUAUACUAUGGCUAGGUUCACCCCCUUCUCCAGACUGCUUUGGAUGCACCAGAGUGAACUCAUAGGUGCUGAACUUAUGGGUAUGACCCAUUGGAUGUCAGGGUUCUUUCCCAACCCAAACCUGUCCCCACUCUGAACUCCUAGACCUGAGCUGGCCAUACGUUCAGCUGUGUCCAUUCUCACUGCUCCUAUGGCUGCCCUAGGAGGUAGGAUGGACAGGGGCCUCUGCAGCUUCCUGGGAAUCAUCUUCCCUACAGCCAGCCAGGCCAACAGAGCUAAUGGAAGGCCAGGGGUGGGGAGGGGGCGGGGUGGGGAGAUAAGCUCUCCUAUGCAAAUUGCUCGGCAGCCAGAGAGGGUAGUGCUGAGCUUGGCAUGGCCACUGGUCUGGUAGGAUGACUAUGGGUCAGGGCUGGGGGAAUGAGAAUUUUCUGGGUUUGAUUUUGGGAAACCCAAGGACCGCGAAUGCUCUAUUGGAAGUGUGCAUAUGACCGAGAAGUGUGCAUGUGACAUGGUGUCAUGGACUCCCCUGAAGUCCCAAGGCUUUCUUGGAGCCCUGGGAUGGGAGGGACCAAAUCUAUCAGCUCUGGAGGAAUGUCAUCUACCUCCACCUCCCUCCUACCCUCCCCCCCCCCCCCCCUGCACAGGCCUCUGUCACUGCCAGGUCCCUGAAAGAACAUCCAUGGGGUUCCCUAAGAGCAGGACAGCUUACCCCUUUCACUCAACACCCCCAAUUAGCCCCUGGGGCUAGAGAAAGAUAGGGUCCACGCAUCCCCAGACUCAUGUUGGAACUCUGUUCCAAGGCCAACAAAGUUAGCAUUAGCGAAGCAUACAGUCAGUGUCAAAUGUUUCCCUCCCGUAGCUUGUAGAUACGACGCGUCUGUGGUCAGGGCCCAGCCAAACGAGGCUGGUGGCCAGCUCUGUGUAGUACGAGGAUGUGGUUUAGUUCCUCUAGGGAGAAACCUGCACUGCUGAGCGGCUUGGAAGAACACCUGUGCACGAUCAGCCUCAUCACACCUGACUCCCAGCCAGCAGCUUUUCUCUCUCAUGUCUUUCAGCCCAUCCAAAAUGCUGGGCCUCCUGCCACCAAAGUGUCUGAGUAAUGGCCAGUUGUCAGGCCCUCAGAGAUACAUCAAUCUCCCCAGAGUGAGGACAUGGUCCAUUGAGAGUGACACCUCUGUGCUCUCUAAGGUAAACGGGGAGGGGAAGUUCCCACUUCCACCCAAGCUGAAAGGCAAAACCAAAAACUCAAGAUAGAAUCACCCUGCACAGAGAGCCAGGUACGGUACCGAGCCGGCUCUGCCCCACCAGCCGGCCGGUGGAAACCACCUCCGUAUACACCUGGAACGCAUCUUGCUUUUUUCUUCCUCUCCUUUUUUUCAUUAUGGUUUAUUUUGUUGCAUGUUUAUUUUUGAAAAUGGACAAAUGUGUAGCAGCCCGCAUGACUGUGGUUGUUUUGGGAAAGGUACCAGAGUAUGACGUGUUCACACUGCAGCUGAGCAUCCUGCGGUGAGACAGAUGUUCUGACUUUUUUGUAAUCGUCAACAGCACAAAUAUUUUGUAUUGUCGUUUGUAUCAUUUUGUAUCAAAAAAAAAGGAAAAAAAAGGGAAAGAGUCAAUGUUUCCAAUGUGUUUUUAGUGUCAGGUGGUCUUGGUUCCGAAGGGAACAGGAGUUUUGCGGAAUUGUCAUGUCCUGGAGAGGAGUCGGGCGUUAGCACGCUGCUCCAAAGGAGUAAAUAAA